CAGUGUUUUGCUCACAAAACAAGUGUCGGUGUGGUUAAAUGUGCUAGAAGAGGAGUUUUGGAAUAUUUACCGAUUUUAUCACCAGUAAUAGGCUAAAUCUGUUUAUAUGCCGUUGGCUGACGUCGUCUUUGACAUUAUUUUUUAGGGUGUCUCUGGAUAUUUCGUUAUAGUUUGGAUAGUAAACUUUCUUUGGCAAAAUGCGUCUGAUCCAGAACAUGUCAACCAUUGCGGAGUACCCGAGUGCUGAAUGCCCGUCCAACCGGGUGAUAAAGAUCGCUGUGAUCGGAGGCAGCGGGGUUGGGAAAACCGCGCUAGUGGUUCGUUUCCUCACCAAGCGGUUUAUCGGCGACUACGAGAGAAACGUUGGCAACCUGUACUCCAGAGAGGUGCAGAUAGACGGAGAACAAGUGGCCAUUCAAGUUCAAGACACACCUGGAGUUCAAGUAAAUGGUAAUGGAUUGAGUUGCACAGACCAUUUGGCAGGCUCCAUUCAAUGGGCAGACGCUGUAGUCAUGGUCUAUUCUGUGACAGACUGCCGAAGCUUCGACCUCAUUGGACAGCUCCACCAGCUUGUUAGCCGCACCCAUGUGGAUAGAUCGUCCACCCUGCCGAUCAUCCUGGUAGCCAAUAAAGCUGAUCUCCUCCAUGUUAGACGGGUGGAUAUUCAAGAAGGUCCAUUGUUGGCCUCGGCGUUAGGCUGCUCCUUCUAUGAGGUGUCUGCUAGUGAGGACUAUAACCAGGUCCAUGGUGCCUUCCACAGACUGUGCAUGGAUCUGGCUAAGCUGCAGCCUCCAUUCAUGCAGUCUCAGACCCCCGUCAAUGCAGCUUCAUCUGGGACAGAGAAGAAAAAAUCACCCCUCAUCCCCCGGCCCAAAUCCCCCAACAUGCAGGACUUGAAGAGGCGCUUCAAACAGGUGCUCUCUGCCAAGGUCCGGACUGUCACGUCCGUGUGAAGGGGUGAGGGAGGGGGUGGCCUGAAUGACAGCCAGAGAAGCGGCUGAAAAAUUGUGGGUUUGAGAAAGGAAGCUCUGAGGAGAGGGAGAAGGUCUCAAGAGCAGUGAUGCUGAAUGUAUAGGUCUUGCUCCUUUGAAGUUCAUGAGUUUCGUUGUUGAUCGGCAGACCAGUUACAAACAGAGGCCCCUGGACCCUUGACCUCUGAUUACGUCAUGGACACUGAAAAAAAAUGAGAAGUAGUGACCUCAGCCUGGUGAACUUUACUUUUCCACAUGACCAACCCAGUGCGAGUGGACACUUGUGUCGCUGGGACAUGUGGCCUUGAAUAGGAACCGUGCAAAGACAGACUUGUACUGAAAGGAACUGAAUGAAACACAUUAAUACAUUAUUAUAUUCACUCUGCCUUACCUGUGGACUUUUAGACAUGCUUUCAUGGCAGCAGAGAUUGUGAAGAACACAGUAACUGACUAUUUUAAGAAUUGCUUUUCUGAAAGUCUUGGUAGGGAGGGAAUUGGUAAAGGUUUUCACCUCUAACUGCAGAGACAGUCUGAAUGCAGGCAUUGUUAAAGGACAAGGCACUCAAGCUAAGCAAAAAGUGUGUGUGCUUAUCUCCUGCUCUGUCAACAGUACUAUUCUUGUGUACAAGGCCAAAAUGUUUCUCCUGGUUUUGUGUAAAACUGUGCUUUGAGACACUUUUCUACAAUGGAAUAGAAGAUUUUUUUUUUUUUUUUUUUUUUGUAAAUGCACUUUAAAAAAUGCCAAGGGGCUGAAGCUCAGAGUAAUUUAUUUAUUUGUUCAUUUUGGGAUUGGAAAUAAAGAUUAAAAAAAAUAUAUAUAUUUUAUUGGUUCUGAAUUUAAGUCUGAUAUUAAUUCAAUCAAAACACCAGUACACACAAAUCAUUCCUUCAGUCAGUCAAAACUUCAUUUAGUUGUUCAUUACAGAACAUGGAGGUUACAAAGUGUGUUAAUGGGUCUGGAUUUGCCUACAGAAGGAUUUUAAAACCUGAACCAGCAAACAGUCCCUGCAAGGAAAUCAGCUUAAAGAAAUAUUCCGGGUUCAAUAAAAGUUAAGCUCAAUCCACAGCAUUUGUGGCAUAAUGUUGAUUACAACCAAAAUGUAAUUUUGUCUUGUUCCUUCUCUUAAAAAAAAAAAGCAAAAAUCUGGGAUACAGUGUGAGGCACAAUGGAAGUGAAUGGGACCAGUCCAUCAAGUCAAAAGUCUCACUUUUUCAAAGGUACAGCCACAGAAUGUAAACGAUAUGCAUGUUAACAUGAUUUUAGUGUGAUAAAAUUGCUUACUAACCUUAUGUUUAUAACCUUAAUUAUAUAUGCAAUUUUACAACUUUGUUGCCAUGAUGACGUAAACCCUUAAAUAACUGUAAAAAUGAUGAUUUAAACUUUAAAACUCAAAUAAUACACAAGUUUUGAAAGAUUAAUGUAAGUGCUUUAAAAUUGUAAGCUUAACAUUUCUGCUUUCAAACCUUCAAAAAUUGGCCCCAUUCACUUUCAUUAUAAGUGCUUCACUGUAACCUCAAUUUUUGCUACUUGUAAUGAAAAAGAGGGUCGAGUCAAAUUUGUUAGUUUUUUUUUUUGUUGUAAUCAACAUUAUGCCACAAACGCUGUCAGUUGAGCUUAACUUGUAUUGAGCCUGGAAUAUUCCUUUAAUAAACAUCCUAAAUAACGUCUUAAUGAAAAUGUAAAAAUGCUAAAAUGUGUUUUAGGUUUAGGAUUAGGGAAUAGAAAAUAUAAUUAGCUCAGUUUAAAAACAACAGAAGUCAAAAGAAAGUCUCACCUAUAAUAGAAAAACAAUUCUGUGUGUGAAAGUGACCGAAGAGAAGAGAGAUCCACUCUAAAAGAAAUCUCCACCCUUUUUUGACCUCUGUCCCCUCUCCAUCUGUCACUGUCUCUUUAAUAACAUGCUCAACAACAGCACUGAGUGAAAAGAGGAGUGAAAUGAGCUUCAACACUUGCUGAUAUUAUGAAAUGAACUUGACAAUCUGUUGUAUCUCUUGCUAACACUAUGAAUAAGUGACCGUGUGCAUGUUAAAGUAAUAGUUCACCUAAAAAUGAAAAUUCUCAUCAUUUACUCACCCUCAUGCCAUCCCAGAUAUGUAUGACUUUCU